GACAAAAGGAAGCCACUUCUACGAGCCUCAACGUUAUUUUUUUUUUUUUGUAAGUCUUAUUUUAAAUAGUUUUAGGUAGUUCUUCUCUUUCAUUUCCUUAUCGACUCUUAUUGGUGCACUGUUGCUGUAAGGCGUCAGUGCUUCCUCGUUGUAUCCACUGAAACGCGAACCCCUACUUCAACGAUGGCGGACUUUGACAAGCUGAUGGCCGAGUGCUCGGCUGCAAAAGACGCGAUUAUCGGCUGGCGCCGCCACCUCCACGCGCACCCGGAGCUGUCCUUCGAGGAGCACGAGACGGUGGCGUACAUCCGGUCGGUGCUGGAGGGCUUUGGGUGUGCUGCGCUGAGCAUGUCGAACCCUGUGCCGACGGCGCUGGUUGCGGACCUUGUUGGCGGCGCUGGUGCUGGGCCGAUCAUUGCGCUGCGUGCGGACAUCGACGCGCUGCCGCUGCACGAGGAGACGGACGUGCCGUUCAAGUCGCAGAGGGCGAACGUGAUGCACGCGUGCGGGCACGACACGCACACGGCGAUGCUGCUUGGCGCUGCGAAGGUGCUGUGCGCGCACGCUGCGGAGAUCUCUGGCACGGUGCGGUUGAUGUUCCAACACGCAGAAGAAAAGCCUCCCGGCGGUGCUUCGGAGCUGGUGAAGCUGGAUGUGAUGGAGGGUGUGAAAUACGUGUUUGGCAUGCACUGCACACCUGAGCUGCCUGUUGGACAGGUCGCCACCAAGAACGGUGCUCUCAGCAGCAAUGCGGAUCAGUUCUCCAUCUGGGUGCGCGGCCGUGGCGGCCACGCGUCGACGCCGCAGCUGCUUGUGGACCCUGUGCCGAUCGCUGCGGAGGUGGUGACGGCCCUGCAGACGAUCGUUGCGCGCAAGGUGGACCCGAAGGUGGCGCCUGUGGUGUCGAUCCCGACGAUGACGACCGGGCCGAACGAGAGCCACAACGUGAUCCCUGACGAGGUGAAGCUGCUGGGGACGGUGCGGUCGCAGGACAUGGACGUGCGGGCCAAGGUGCCUGUGUUGAUCGAGCAGGUUGUGAAGGGCAUCACCGCUGCGCACGGGGCGGAGUACAAGAUGGAGUACCUGUACGGCUACACGGCGGUGAUGAACGACCCUGCCGUGACGGACGUGGCGCGCAAGAUGGCCCGGCGUGCGCUUGGGUCUGAUACGGCGGUGGAGGAGUUGGCGCAUGCCCGCUUCGGCGGGGAGGACUUCUCGGCCUACCAACUGAAGGCUCCUGGGUGCUUUAUGCGGAUCGGCUGCACAGACCCCUCGCUGGACGCCCCGAAGGCACCGGGGCUGCACACGUGUCGGUUAAACGUCGAUGAUCGUACGCUCUCGGUUGGUGCGCGUGUGCACACGGCCUUCGUGUAUCAUUACCUGAUGAGCGGUGGCGGCGAGGAUGCGUAG